GGACUGGGUCAUUCACUCGCUUUAAAAUCCAGCUGUCCUCCCUAGAACGGCACGACACUGUUUGUCACUCACCCGCAUGCUACCCUCCCCUCUUUUGAACGAAGAUGACUAAGCGUCUCAAAUACUUCAGCCAUGACUAAAAGAGAAGCAGAAGAGCUGAUAGAAAUUGAGAUUGAUGGAACUGAGAAGCCAGAGUGCACAGAGGAGAGUAUUGUGGAACAGACCUACACCCCAGCUGAAUGUGUAAGUCAGGCCAUAGACAUCAAUGAGCCCAUAGGCAAUUUAAAGAAAUUGCUAGAACCAAGACUUCAGUGUUCUUUGGAUGCUCAUGAAAUUUGUCUGCAAGAUAUCCAGCUGGAUCCAGAACGAAGCUUGUUUGACCAGGGAGUAAAAACAGAUGGGACUGUACAGCUUAGUGUACAGGUCAUUUCUUACCAAGGAAUUGAGCCAAAGCUAAACAUUCUUGAAAUUGUGAAAACUGCAGAAACUGUUGAAGUGGUAAUUGAUCCCGAUGCCCACCAUGCAGAAGCAGAAGCACAUCUCGUUGAAGAAGCCCAAGUGAUAACUCUUGAUGGCACAAAACACAUUACAACCAUUUCAGAUGAAACCUCAGAGCAAGUGACAAGAUGGGCUGCUGCUCUGGAAGGGUAUAGGAAAGAACAGGAGCGCCUUGGGAUACCCUAUGAUCCUAUACAGUGGUCCACAGACCAAGUCCUGCAUUGGGUGGUUUGGGUAAUGAAGGAGUUCAGCAUGACUGAUAUAGACCUCACCACACUCAACAUUUCGGGAAGAGAAUUAUGUAGUCUCAACCAAGAAGAUUUUUUUCAGCGGGUCCCUCGGGGAGAAAUUCUCUGGAGUCAUCUGGAGCUUCUUCAAAAAUAUGUCUUGGCAAGCCAAGAGCAGCAGAUGAAUGAGAUACUUACAAUUGAUCAACCUGUGCAGAUUAUCCCAGCCUCAGUGCAGUCUGCUACCCCAACCACCAUUAAGGUUAUAAACAGUAGUGCAAAGGCAGCUAAGGUACAGAGAGCCCCAAGGAUUUCAGGAGAAGAUCGAAGUUCACCAGGGAACAGAACAGGAAACAAUGGUCAAAUCCAGCUGUGGCAAUUUUUGCUGGAACUUCUCACUGAUAAGGAUGCUCGAGACUGUAUUUCUUGGGUUGGCGAUGAAGGAGAGUUUAAGCUAAACCAGCCUGAACUGGUUGCACAAAAAUGGGGUCAACGUAAAAACAAGCCUACAAUGAACUAUGAGAAACUCAGUCGUGCAUUACGGUAUUAUUAUGAUGGGGACAUGAUUUGUAAAGUUCAAGGCAAGAGAUUUGUGUACAAGUUUGUUUGUGACUUGAAGACUCUUAUUGGGUACAGUGCAGCAGAACUGAACCGUCUGGUCACAGAAUGUGAACAAAAGAAACUUGCAAAGAUGCAACUCCAUGGAAUUGCCCAGCCAGUCACAGCUGUAGCCCUGGCUGCCGCUUCUCUACAAACAGAAAAGGAUAACUGAGGUCCAAAACCCUAUGGGAGCUGAAGGCUUUUCUUAAAUGUUUAGAGCAAAUAUUGCUCAUACUUUAUUACUGAAUUUGAUUCUUAUUUCUAGACUGUACAAUCAGAUGCAUGAUUUUUUAUAAGUAUUUCAUAUUCUUGCAAAUUUGGAUCUUUUUACUUUGAGCAUAUAUUUUAGAAAAUGUGUACGUUCAAGGAUCACUACAAUGCCUGCAGUGUGAGAGCAGGUUCAUUGUGGAAUAGUGCGUUAACAGUCAGGAAAGCUAAACUGGUCAGUAUUACUAUCUAGCCCUACCAAAACUAGCUAGUAGCAUCUGAAGCUGAAGUGUUAGU